AUGCAAGUUGCUUACGGUGUCUUACACUUGAAUUAUAAUGGUAAGGAGCCGCUGAGAAGUUCCUUUAUUGGUUCAUGGAAGCACUUAAGAAACCUUUACCUCUCUGUGGACAGGGUAGAUGAUGAGCUCCUACCAUCAAUUAGUAAGUUGCAAAAUUUGCAGACCCUAAAACUCUACAGGUGUCCUUUGUUGGGCUUUUCUUCUUGUUCUGAAUCGUUUGGAGAUAUUGGGAAUAUGACGAGCCUAAGGCAUAUUGAGAUCUAUGACGCUAAUAAUUACUUGUUUCCAAGGUUUAUUACUAAGCGACAAAAUUUACAGACCUUAAAACUCCGCGGGUGUGAAAAUGGAAGAUUGCCACAAGAUAUUGGAAAUAUAAGGAGCCUAAGACAUAUUGACCUCUCUCAUAGCAGGCUUACGGGAGCACUCCCUACUUCUAUUACAAAGCUAGAGAAUUUGCACACCUUGCUUCUUGAAGGUAUUAAACACUUGAAUAGCCUGAGCCAGAUAAGCGGUAAAUUAACUAUUAGGGAGCUUGAUCAAGUGAGAGAUGCCACGGAUGCCAAGGAAGCCAACUUGAAGAAGAAGCCAUACCUUCGAUCCUUGGGAUUAGUAUGGAAUUGCAAGCCAUACUCGUCUAGAGAAAUGAAGGAUAAUGAUGCAGUAACAGAAGCCGAAAAUGUGUUAGAAAGGCUCCAGCCACAUCCAAAUCUAAAGGAGUUGAAUAUAACUGGGUAUGGAGGGAUGAAAUUUGCUUCUUGGAUGAUUAAAUCCUCGUUGCUCCCAAAUCUAGUGAGAAUUGACUUAUGGAAUUGUACAAGAUGCGAAUCUCUAGAGUUCUCAGGUCCGCUCCCUUCCCUGGAGUAUCUAAGUUUAUGUGGAUUGGAAGCCCUCAAGAGCAUUACAAGUAAAUUGAGGAAAGGAGAUGGAUUCUUCCCAUCCUUAAAAGAACUCGAACUCACGUACAUGCCUAAUUUGGAGAGUUGUUCAAUAGUAAUAGAUGAUGAUGAUGCAGCACAGCCACAAAAAGCAUUACCAUCAUUCCCUCACCUUCCCGAGUAUUGGAAGAUAAGACAUUGUCCUAAAUUGGAAAGUAUUCCUUGGGGUAUGCCGGUGGGUGAAUAUGUGAUUCUGGAGGAAGGUAAUAGUGCCAAGCUAUUAGAAUCAAUUCUAAGGGCGACAGAUGAUCAAAUCUCGACGAUGACAAGUACCAACUCUUCUACUUCUUUUUGCCCCAAAGUAAGGAGUUUAAGACUUUUUGGAUGCCAAAACCUAAAAGCUUUUCCACAGGACGUGACGUCAAUGCACCCACAAGCAGUGAUGCGAUACCUCACCAACCUUGAGGAGCUACGAAUUGAGAAUUGUACAGAGUUUACUCCAUUGGAGAGCAUUGGAGGUCUUAUCUCUCUAAAAGAAUUGGUGAUCAGUAAUAAUGCCAAAACUGGUUAG